GGCGGCUGGACGCGAGGCGCAGCAAGUGCCGCAUCCGCCUGGGCGGCCGCAUGGAGCGCUGGUGCCGCCUCAAGGAGCGGCUGGGCUUCGCGCUGCACUCGCAGCUCGCCACGUUCCUGCUGGACCGGUACCUGUCCUCGAGCUGCACCUUCUGCGCAGGUCCGGAGCCUCUGUCCCCCAAGAGUCUGCAAUGCCUGGUGCUCCUGUGCCACGCGCAUAGCCGCGAGUGUGGCCUGGCACCUGAGCUCCGGGCGCCUGCGGGCCGCGGGGCACUGGUGUGGGAGUGCUCGGCGGGCCACAGCUUCUCCUGGGAGCCCCCCCUGAGCCCGGCGCCUGCAGGGGCCCCCAAGCAGGCCUGGAGGAGUGGGCAGGAGCCUGCAGGUCAGGAGCUGGAGCGUGAUGGGGCCACUCUGGAAGCCCGGCUGCCCAGGGGGGUGGGACCCCGACCAGAGACCUUCCCACCCCCAAGAGAGGAAGAGGAUGAGGAAGAGGAGAUGCUGAGCGAUGCCAGCCCGUGGAGCUACAGCUCGUCCCCGGAUGACGGCGAGCCAGAUGUGCCCAGACCACCCACAGCCCCUGCCGCCUGCACAUCCGAGGAUGGGGACACAGCGGCGGUCCCCACUUCUCCUGCCGAGCUGUCCCCGGCAGCAUCCCCGCCGCACCCCAAAGCGCCCCCGACCUCAGAAGCUGAGGUCCAGCCGGACCCCGGGGGGACCCCACAGGCAGAGCCUCUGGCCAGCCCCGGGAGUCAGGCCCUGUCCACUCCAGCCCUGGCCUGGGAUGAGGACACUGCACAGAUUGGGCCCAAGAGAAUCCGGAGAGCUGCGAAAAGAGAGCUGACGCCCUGCGAUUUCCCCGGCUGCGGCAGGGUCUUCUCCAAUCGGCAGUACCUGAAUCACCACAAGAAGUACCAGCACAUCCACCAGAAGUCCUUCUGCUGCCCGGAGCCGGCCUGCGGGAAGUCCUUCAACUUCAAGAAGCACCUGAAGGAGCACGUGAAGCUGCACAGUGACACCAGGGACUACAUCUGCGAGUUCUGCGCCCGCUCCUUCCGCACCAGCAGCAACCUGGUCAUCCACAGGCGCAUCCACACGGGGGAGAAGCCCCUGCAGUGUGAGAUAUGCGGGUUCACCUGCCGCCAGAAGGCCUCCCUGAACUGGCACCGGCGCAGGCAUGCGGAGACCGCGGCGGCCCUGCGCUUCCCCUGCGAGUUCUGCGGCAAGCGCUUCGAGAAGCCAGACAGUGUGGCGGCUCACCGCAGCAAAAGCCACCCGGCCCCGCAGGCGUCCCUGGGCACCUCCGAGCCCUGUGUUGCUGUCCCCGCCUCUGAAGUCCUGGCGUCCCCGGAGGGGUCCAGGCCCCUCCCUGCCCCACAGGCUCCCGCCUCACUCCCUCAGCAGUGAGUGUUUCCAGCCUCAGCAGACCAGGGGCCGUGGACAAGGGAGAGGCCCAGGGAGACGCCGCACACCGGCCCUAGGAGCUGCCCAUGCAGGAGGACAGGGCAGGGCGGGCUGCGGGGGCGGGACUGCCUGCCUCCUUGAAGGGAGGAAUAAACAGAGUAUUUCACACGG